GAUCAACACAUGGUGUGAACCAGUGUGAACACAUUCAAUAAGUUUCAGAUUAUUCCUUUGUUGUCUCCUCAAAUUACAACGGGCGUUUUUCAGUUGAUUUUUAUUUUUUCAUCCCAAGUGAACACGUGAAAAAUAAAUAAAAACACUUGAAUAAAUAAUUUUGUUAUUUUUUUUUUCUGUGGAUUAAUAAAUAUUAAUUAAAAAUGACAUAUAAUGUUGAAGAUUAUUACACUUACAUCAAAGAACGGAACACAUUUCCUGUAUCUUUUCUCAAUGUGAAUCAAUUGUCUCUCAAUGAAGUCACUGAUAUAUUUAAAAUAUAUGGUGAUUUAAAAGUUAUACAAUCAAAAAGUCCAACUGGUUAUUGUUUUGUUAAUUUUUUUAAUGAAGAAAGUGCAAUAAAUUGUGUUUUGUCAAUGAAAAAUCAUGAUAAAAUUAAAUUAUGUCGUCCAAAUAAACGUGAUCCAUUACCAAGAUCUGAAUUAAACAAAGAAAAAAACAAUAAUAAUGAUGAUAAAAUUAUUAAAACAAGUAUAUCUGAUCGUCUCAAGAUAAAUCCAGUUGAUGACAAUGGUGAGGACAAAGGAGAGACAUUAAUUAUUGAUAAACCAACUUCAUCACCAUCAUUACAACCAACACCAGUUCAUCCAGCUCAACUUAUUGAACAAAAAAAAAAUCUUUUACAAUCAUUUAAAUCAAUUGAUAAUUUAUCUGAACAAUUAAUUGAAAAACAACAAAAAAAAGUUGAAUUAUUUGAUGAUAAAAUUGUUGAUAAAUCAAGUGAUAAAGAACACAUGCUGCUUGAGAAGAACAAAAAAGAUGAAAAAAUCAUUCAAGCAAUAGAUGAAGAAUUUAUUGAGACAUAUGAUGCUGGGUCAGUGUCAAAUGUACCACAUGAUUUAUCACCAAUAACUUCAACAGCUAUAAAUACUUGUGAAACAAGCUCAAGUCAUUCUGGAUUGUUGGAAAAAAUUGAAGAAGAAGAAGAAGAUGAAGGUGUUCCAUGUGGUGCAUUAUCAACAUGUCAGCAUAUAUUUAUUGACAAUGAUGAUGUUUUUUAUACUGAUGAAAAUUAUCUAACUUUUAAUGUCACUGAUAAACCAAUGCAAGUUAUUGAAGCACAGGAUAUUAUAAUUGCUGGUAUACCAGCUGAACUUGGAACAAUUGGUAUAUUACAUUAUUUGGAAAAAUUUAAUCCAAUUUUAAUAACAAAUAUUAAAAGAACAUAUACAGAACCAUCAGUUAGAUAUUGCCAUGUUUAUUUUACAACACCACAAGAUGCUGAGAAUGCUGAAAUAUAUUUUGAUGAUAAAUUAUUUGGUUCAUCAAGAAUCAUUGCUUUGAGACCCGACAGUCUUGCUCAACAAAUUUUCAAAGCUGCUUAAAAUUAAAUUAAUCAGAAUAUUUUUUUUUUUCAUUCAUUUCAAAUCAGUUUUGUUCUAAUUUACUUUUUUCUUUUUUUUACGUUUAUAUAUACUUGAUAAAUAUUAUUUUUUUUUAUAUAAUCAAACAUAUUUCGAUUUCAAAAAAAUUAUGACUCAUUCAAUGUUUAUUUGUUUAUCUUAAAAACUUGUAUAAGUAAAUAAUAAACAAAAAUUAUCAUAU